AUGGGGGGCACGAAAUCACUAUCCUGUAAUGACAUCUGUUGGGACCUCUGGGGUUGGUGUGCAGAAAACAAUGUUUGGAUUACGUGUCCUCACAUCCCAGGAAGUGAUAAUUCUAUGGCAGAUGCAGCUUCACGACAGUUUAAUGAUAGACAUGAAUGGAAAUUAAAUGUGGGAAUUUUUAGAGAGCUUUGCAACAUCUUUAGUGUCCCCAGCAUUGAUCUGUUUGCUUCUAGGUUAAAUAACCAGGUUCCUCGUUUUUGUUCUUGGCAUCCUAACCCAGAGGCAGAACACUUUGAUGCCUUUUCCAUAACUUGGUCACAGUUUCCUCUGGUCUACAUUUUUCCCCCCUUUGCUCUGAUUGCAAGAUGCCUUCAAAAGAUGCAUGCAGAAAUGGCGAGAGGGUGGCUCAUUGUGCCCUUAUGGCUUUCACAACCUUGGAUGGGAACCCCCCUCCUGAAGAUGCUCAUCAGGGAGCCCCGGCUAAUCAUGUGGAGGAAGGACAUUCUGCGGCAUCCGUCUUCAGAGGAGGAACACCCAGUCAUGAAGCACACCCGGUUGAUGGCAUAUCUCUUGUCCGACACUUUCCACAGGGGUGUUGCCUAUGACUGUGUCAACACAGCGAGGAGAGCCUUCUCUUCACUUGGCAUUGUGGUGGAUACCUGGGAUGUCAAGUUGGUGCUGGAACAGCUGCGUACUCUGGAACCGUUAUGCACCCUUACACUAAAAGAACUCACAUUGAAAUUAGUAAUGCUGAUGGCAUUCAUGCAAGCUGCCAGACUGCAAACGUUGUAUUUGUUAGUGUUGAAAAAUAUUUGCAUUGGGGAAACCUCUAUUUGUGUAUCAUUAGGAGACAACAUCAAGCAGUGUUGCCCAAAAUUCAAUGUAAAAUUUGUGGACUUUACAGCAUACGCUACUGAUAGGAGGCUAUGUGUUUGUGAGACACUGAAAGUGUACAUUGAGAGGACUGCCCAGUUUCGGACUGGUGUGGACCAGAUGGACGGUCCUUUAUUCCUUAGUAUUGUGAGACCCCAUAAACCUGUCACUAGAGACACUAUUGCUAGGUGGGUUAGGAUUAUGCUACACAGGUCAGGUGUGGACACCAGGAUGUAUUCAGCUGGCAGUGUAAGGCAGGCUGCAGCGUUGAGGGCAAAGGCCAUGGCGGUGCCAAUUGCACAUAUCUUGGCAAAGGCUGGGUGGUCAAGCGAAGCCACUUUUGCCAGGCAUUACAACAAAGAGGUUCUUGGGGACAUUGACACUUUCCAAGAUGGGGUACUGGGUUAG